CAGACAACACCACCAGAGACUCCGAUAUGCGACCCAGAUGCGCCCGAGCUGCAACUCGGAGAAGGCCUGUUCCACAACUACUUACGCGCGAUCUAUCCCUUCGAUCCUUCUAUGAUGCCAGCUGAAAGCGAAGAUGCCCUUGAAAUGACGACGAACCUGCGGGCAGGCGACCUUGUGCUUGUCCAUAGCAUUCAUGCUAACGGAUGGGCCGAUGGUACGGUGUUGACGACCGGCGAGCGUGGCUGGUUGCCAACCAACUUCUGCGAGGCAUUCGACCAUCCAUACCUCCGCAACUUGCUCAAUGCCAUGACGCAGUUUUGGGAUCUGUUAGGCGCAACCGAAGACGGGAACCUGUCGACCUUCGUGCGCCAGGAUUAUGUUCGAGGUCUGAUUGCUGGAGUACGAUAUUUACUGGAGCACGCAGACUGCCUCCACCGGGAUGCCGCGCUUGUCCAGCGUCACAUGGGCAUACGCCGUAUGCGUAAAGGGCUACUCGCCGAUCUCUCCUCCUUAGUGCAGAUUGCAAAGGGUCUGCAAGAGACGAUAAGCGAGCCGUUCGCGGGUGAAGUCGUUCAUUACUUGGUGGACGAUCUGAUUGUGAAAGCGUGUAAGGUGGUCACACGCGCGAUCGGUUUCGUUGAUAUCUGGUCAGAAGAGACUGGUCAUCUUUCAGUAAGGCUCAAGCAAACCGGACGUUUCGAACGCGAGACACUACCCUCGGAUGAACGGCCUUUCCCUUUUAUAAGCUCAGUUUCUGUAACAGAACGUCCAAUAUCACUGAGCACAGCCGCUGCAUCACAAGCUUCGGCGACAGAGGAGGAGGAAGCGGAAGUCAAUGCAGCGCAGGAAGUUGAGCAUGCAAUGCCUCGUUCCAGAACCUUCUCUUACAGACUCGCUUCGCGCAGGCCGUCUGUCGCCCACAGAUUGUCCAUGGUGGAUACGGAGCGCACACAGCAUAGAACGCUGGCCUCACAUCAGCUGGCGAGGAUGCACGACGCGUCUAUAAGCCACAUCGCGGCAUUCAUUGGGCAUCACCUUCAUUCACGGGCAUGUUCAGAAUUACGGUCAACCACGGAACGACUCGUCAAGGCGUGCGAAGAAAUGCUUCACAUCGUUGACGAAAUCGCCUUGCACGGCGCGCAGCGAUCGGAUGCCGUGCGCGAAGCGCGCGUCGACUUCCAAACGAAGCUGGUUGAGCUCAUCAGUGCGACGCAAGACGUGUUCACCUUUUCCGAUCUCGAGGAUAGCCAGGGUGUUAUGCUACCGGAGCAUUCACAACGCUUGGUUAGACUUGGCACCAGCCUUAUCCGCUCUGCAAGUAACUGCGUAGGUCGAACACGAUCCUUGAUCGAGCAAAUAGGAGACUUCGACAUGCAUCAAAGGGCAGGAUGGCCAACCAGCUUUAAUCAGGCUGCUGGCAGUGGCGCCGCAAAUCUACAGAAACGUGGCAGCGGUACCGAAGCUCGAGUCCAAAGCCAGCAGCAUGUCGUGACAUCGUUCGAGAAGCGCCUUUCGAAGAAAAUGGCCUUACCCGUCAACAUGAGAGCGUCUAUGGCACUUCUGGAGCUGGAGGAUACAUCCAACACCACUGCUCGCGUCGUCUCCGGUCUGCAAACGCCGGAAACGCUUCAGUCACCCGCGUCUCCAUACUUCAAGACUGCUACACCGUCGGUACAACAACGAGCCACUACCCGAGCAUCUCAGCAUCAGCAGGCCAUCAGCGGUGCGACGCUCAGUUUCUUGCGCUCUGCUGGCCUUAGUAGCUCGGAUCAGGCGCGCAAAGACAGCGCAGGACUCUCCAUCGCGGGUUCAACAUCCACCAAAACGAGCAGUGCGAGACAUUCUGGUGCUAGUGUAGUGUCAAGUACUUCGACGCGAGCCACAAGCCCGGACAGGAUUAAGGAGGAGCAGAGCCCAGAUCCAGCGCUUCUGAACAGCUUCACCAGCAUAUCCAGCUUGCAGUCUGUGGCGAGCGAUGCGCCAAGCGAUCCUGAGACGCAGCUAUUGCAGAAGACAUACGCCAAUGAGAUGACAGUCAAUAACGAAGGCAAAGUAAAUGGAGGAAGCUUGCCCGCGUUGGUUGAAAAGCUUACAAUGCACGACGCAGCGCCUGACUCGCAGUUUGUUUCUGCAUUCUUCCUGACCUUCCGUAUGUUUACCACUCCGCAAGAACUUGUUCAAGCUUUAGUUGCGCGCUUCGAUUACAUCGGAGACACGUCAGCGAUCGGUCGUCCGGUCCGGCUCCGGGUUUACAAUGUCAUUAAAGGCUGGCUUGAAACCUACUGGAUUGGCGAAGCUGAUAACGCAGCGCUGGGAGACAUUCGGUACUUUGCGGCGCACCGACUGAAGCCUCACCUGGCGUCUGCGGGAGACCGCUUGCUCGAGCUGACACACAGGGUUGCUGCGGGAUACGAGAGUGGUAAUUUUACCGGCCCGCUUGUGUCUGGCAUUGGGAAGACUAGCCUCUCGAUUGUUUCAAGCCAUGCAGCUGGCAACGCUACGCCGGAGCCUAACAUAACUGAAACACAGCUGAGUUCGCUGCGAACCGAGCUAGAUGGUGGACAGGCGCGCAGUAUCCUGGAGUUUGAUGCGGUUGAGCUGGCUCGCCAGAUCACCUUGCUUACUUCGGAGACCUUCUGCCGAAUCCAGCCCGACGAACUGCUGAGCUUGGAUUGGAGCAAGAAAGACUCCCACAGGGUGUCGAACGUCCGCACCAUGUGCACGGUAAAUACCGAUCUCGCGCAUGUGGUCGGAGACAGUGUCCUUGCCCCCGAAGACGCCAAAAAGCGAGCCCAACUGAUCAAGCACUGGUCGAAGAUCGCGGUCUGUUGCCUUGAGCUGCACAAUUACGACUCCGUGAUGGCGAUCAUGUGCUCGUUGAACUCCUCCGUAUUGCAGCGACUGAGGCGGACUUGGGAAUUGGUUAGUAGAAAGACCAAAGCACGACUCGAGGAGCUCAACGCCAUCAUCGACUUCUCACGGAAUCAUGCCUCCUUGCGCAAGCGGUUGGAAGAGCCUGUAGCUCCUUGCAUACCAUUUUUAGGCAUCUACCUAACAGACUUGACAUUCAUGAACGCUGGCAACCCGAAGAUGCGCGAUCUGCCUGGCGUUACCACCGAUGAUGGCCAGCAAGUCCAGGUCAUCAAUUUCGAUAAAUGCAGGCGCAUGGCGAAAGUCGUCAGCCAUCUGCAGAAGUUCCAAGUGCCCUACAAGUUACGGCCCGUGGCAGAGCUGCAGACCUGGCUCGAAGCACACUUGGAUCGCAUGCGAGCCAGCAAUGAUGCCGUGCUUGGCAGCUUCCACCGACGCAGUCUGCUGGUGGAGCCCAAGCAAGAG